CACGCCUCGCUCUCGUUCGCGAUCCGCGUUGCUUUUCUUUCGCCGCGUCUCCCGAUCGCCAUUUCCAUCCUCUGCCUCGUCAUCCACUUCCAUCUGCCCAUCAGCCAUCUGUCCUGUUCGUAUUCCCGCCAUUGCUCCUCUGCUGGGCCCCUGCAGUCGCCGAUGAUCUGUCUGAUGUUCGCUAACCCAUACCCGCAUACAUCUUGUUGCCUCCUUCGCACCAUGUCUCGUGAUCUGAUCGGCUGCUUGGCUGAUUUGCACAAUCGGCAUUCAUGUCGACGUCAUCGGCGAUCGAUCGAUCGGCCCGACCGACUCAUCACCUGUCAACUUGGUCUACCGACUGUCCCGCUUGCUGGAUCCUCCCGUAUAUCGUUUGACUCGCUGGAUCCUCCUUUUGAUCCGUCGACGAAUCUCGACGGGUGAAUCGCAUCCGACGACCCACCUGCAGCCCGCCGCCAUGUCCUCUGAGUACGUCCUCCUCGGUAUCGAGAACCCCCUGCUCGACAUCUCGGCCGUUGUCAAGCCCGAGUUCCUCAGCAAGUACGAUCUCCUGGCCAACAACGCCAUUCUCGCCGAGGACAAGCACAAGCCCCUCUACGCCGAGUUUGUCGGCUCCUACCCCGUCGAGUACGGCGCUGGUGGUGCCGCCCAGAACUCGCUCCGUGGCGCCCAGUGGCUCCUGCCCAAGAACUCGACCGUCUACAUUGGCUGCGUCGGCAAGGACGCCCAAGGUGCCCUCCUCAAGGAGGCUGCUGCCAAGGACGGCCUCCGCACCGAGUACCUCGAGGACGAGACCCUCCCCACCGGCCAGUGCGCCGUCCUCAUUACCGACCACAACCGCUCGCUCGUCACCGAUCUCCAGGCCGCCAAUGCCUACAAGAUCGACCACCUGAAGCGCCCCGAGGUCUGGUCUCUGGUCGAGAAGGCCCGCUUUUUCUACGUCGGCGGCUACUUCCUGACCGUCUCGCCCCCCUCGGCCCUCCUCAUUGCCGAGCACGCCGCCCAGACCUCCAAGGUCUUCACCCUCAACCUCUCGGCCCCCUUCAUCUCCCAGUUCUUCACCGAGCCCCUCGACUCCCUCAUUCCCUACGUUGACAUUCUCUUUGGCAACGAGUCCGAGGCCGCUGCCUUUGCCGACGCCCACAACUUUGGCACCCACGACCUCGCCGAAGUCGGCCUCAAGAUCGCCGCCCUCCCCAAGAAGAACGGCACCCGCGCCCGCACUGUCGUCUUCACCCACGGCGCCAAGAGCACCGUUGUCAUCCACAACGGCAAGGCCACCGAGUACCCCAUCAUUCCCAUCGCUGCCGACAAGAUCGUCGACACCAACGGUGCCGGUGAUGCCUUUGUCGGCGGCUUCCUGUCCCAGCUGGUCCAGGGUCACUCGCUCGAGCGCAGUGUCGCUGCCGGCCACUACCUGGCCAACGUCAUCAUCCAGCGCAACGGCUCGUCCAUCCCCCGCGAGUCCCACUCGUUCAAGUUCUAAGUGCCACCACCAUCGGCAAGGAGAGCAGGCAGCUGCAGACGGUACCGUUGAGGCAGAUGGCAAACGCAUUGAUGGCCCUGGGUUACUGAUGUCAUGUGUUACUGAUGUCGUGUGUGGCUUGCUGGCCUCGUUGGCCCCUGCAGUCUCUGUGCUCCAUGUAUUCCUGUUUAGAGGUUGUUGCCAUUUUGGCUUCGGCUCACGACGGAAUGUCAUGCUGAACCGCUUGGCUUCUCCUGAACUGGCUUUUGCUGCACUCCGUUUCGCUGUUCUACUUUACCCCCAUUUCCUCUUCCCCACCCCAAUGUAGCCCACAAACACACACAUGCUCCGAUCACCCUUCCUUUCUGGUCACGACGCUUUUGUUGCAUUCGACCACGGGCGCUACUUUUGCUUUUACUUUUCAUUCACCGGUCCACUGUUGACAGCAGCCACCGAGAUGCCCUCGUGAAGCAGCCAAUACAGAUAAUCCAAUAACCAUGA